AUGUUUGCAGCUCAGUGUAUCCAACCAGAAGAAAAAGAACGUAUUUCGCAUUUUAUGUUUCAAAAAGAUGCCAAAGCAGCAAUGUGUGGCCGUCUUUUAAUCAGGAAAUUUCUAAGCGAAUAUCUGAAAGUUCCAUACGAUAUUUUGCAGUUGAAGCGAACUGAGAAAGGAAAACCAUUUUUAGGCAACAUUGAUUGUCUGCAGAUAAAACCCACUCCACAUUUCAAUAUGGCACAUAAUGGUGAUUUUGUUGUGCUUGCAACCCAUCCACAAGCAAAAGUUGGGAUUGAUAUCAUGAAAAUAGAGAGUCCAAGCGGAAGGUCAUUAGAAACAUUUUUCAAUAAUAUGCAAAGACAAUUUACAGAGAAAGAAUGGAAAAUAAUCAAAAGACAACCAAGUGAAAUUUUGCAACUGCAAAUGUUUUUUCGGCAUUGGUGUUUAAAAGAAAGUGUAGUAAAAGCUUUGGGUGAAGGAAUUGGCUUUGGUCUUGAUCGACUUGAGUUCCACUUGAAUUCUUACCCUUUGACUAAUGACCAAAAUGUCACAGACACAGUUUUCUAUUUGGAUGGGAAAGUCAAUCAAUUUUGGAUAUUUGAAGAAACUCUUUUGAACUCUGACCACUGUGUGGUUGUUGGCUAUAAUUUCAAUAAUUCUGAUGAGGAAAGCUUUUCAAAUCUUCAGUGUAACCACACAUCACAUAAUGAAAUCAACAAAACUGAUGACAAUUCAGAGGAAAAUAUGCUAUCCAAUUCCAGCAAAUCAGAUGAACAUUUCAGAAUUCUUUCUUGGCAAGAAAUGGUGGCUGGUUCAAUUCCACAGUCACCUCCAGACAAAGAUUACUGGCUCAACUUCAACUCCAAACCUGAUCAUCCAUUUAAACGAUAA